CAACAACGAAAUUAUUCAUAUUAAGUAGGAACAGGAUACCCAACAGUCCAUAUCCAGAAUAUCUUCAAGGUAUCCGAACCUCCACGUAUUAUCAAAUACUUUUAACCAAUUUCUAUAGAUAGUAUGCCGCCAAUAAACGACGAAGUUCUCUCGAUAAUACAAUAUUUUAUUGUACUCAAGAAAAGUAAUGAUUUGAAUAAUCUUUCUAAUUCCAAUGAUAUUGUGGUUGAAAUUGUGGAAAAUAGGAACCCAAAACUGAAAUAUAAAUAUGAUAUAAUUCUCUCUUUGGAAAACGUUAGAAAAUUUCCUUUGGAAGAUUUUGGGAAUUUUUUAAGAGAUCCUCUCCUAAAACUAUUUAGGGCCUCUAAAAGCUUGGAAAAAAAAGGGAUUGAUUUAGAAUGGUCUAAUUUUCAAAAAAUCAUUGAAACGGGUAAAGUGACAGCAUUUGAGAAUAAAGACAUUCGAAUAGAAACAAAGCAGCACAGUAGCAUUCGUAACAUAAUGAAUCACUACUUAACAUUCAAAGUUAUAUUAAAGUUGACUAUGGAUGACAUAAAGCCUCAUAUAUUGAGUGACGAUCUCCGAAAAUUUUUUAAUGCCUCCCUAAUCUUCGGACACAACAUAACUUAUCGGAUUAAUUUACAUAAUCAUGAAACUUAUCACUUUAAGAGUAAAGCUAUGAAGUCUUCUGCUUGCUAUCUAAAAGCUGCAAUAUCUCGUUUCAGAGAUUUUCCCAAUGCCUUAAACGAAUCAGCCCUGAAUUUCAUUGGCGAUAAAGUUCGCUUAAAGUCGCCUAAAAUUGAAGAAAUGUUCAGCGAACUUAAUAAUGCUAGCUCAUUCAAAAAUGUUGACUCUCUCAAGCUUCAGAUUUAUAUUUCUCCAGUACAAUCCGAGCCUCCUCUUCCCUUACCAAUUUACAAUUGCAAGAAGGUACAAUUUACAUUUCUACUAGGAAACUGCUACGUACCUUAUGCCGCAAGUACAGCAAAUGCCCCAAUCUUAAAAUGUUUAAGCAUUGGUCCAAUCAGUUUAGGAAAUGUUUUAGAAGAUACACCAACAACAGCAAUUCAUUACUCAUUCGAAGCAUUGUUUCGUAAUGAAACCUUAUAUCAAGAGGAAAGUGCUGAAGAAGAAAACUAUGCAUUGCAAGUUGUGUUGGUAAUGCUGCCUUUAUUAAAAGCACAUCAAUUUCAAAGAGAUUAUGAAAUUUACGAGGCCACAAGAAUUUUAAAUGAAAAUUUUUUGAAUAUUAUACACCUAUUUCAAAGAAAAAUUAACGAACUACUGGCAAAAAUUGUCAGAGGAAUAAUUAUAUACCCGGAUGACGAUCCUUUUGAAGAUCAAGAAAAGAAUGAACUAAUAAAUCAUUGUGCGAAGAUGAUGGCAGAAUCUAUAGAACUUUCUAAAUAUAAGAGAAGCUGUUUAGACAGUAUGAAGGACGCACCAGGCCAUAGUAUUUGUGACAAACUACGAUAUUGCAUAUCAGCUGCCGAAAGAAUUCAAGAAACUACAAGCAAUAAAAAAAAAAGGAAAAGGAAAUUUCCAAAAGAAAUUUCAGCAGUAAAAAAACGUCGGAAGAGCGUAUCGACCAGAUCUUCUGCAAUAUCAAAUGAAGAGAGUGACGACGAAGCUAUACACUUCUUAGGAUUAGAUAGAAGCGUACAAGUGUUACCCUCAGCUGAUAAGGACUCAAAUGAAGAGAUAUUCAUAGACAGUGGCCAGUCAACCGACAUUAAACAAGAAAUUAUUGAUGAGACCUCAGACGACUGCUUUGUUAUUGAUAAAAGUCUAUCUGUGAACAAUGUUUUCAUUGACUCAAAUGAUUUUGAUUUGGAGCCAAAUGAAACAAUUAAUUCGUCAAAGUUGGAUGAUAUUUUUGUUGAUUCCCCUCCAGGAAGUCAAGUCGACGAUGAGCUGAGAGUUUCGAAGAAAAAUAUUCAGACUGAAGACUUACUCGAAAGAGAAAGUGAUUUUGACGAUAAUUGCAUUCAUUUACAAGAAGUUCCUGUUUUAGAAUGUAAUGAUGAUAUUUUAGGCAGCGAAAAGCCUCUUACGGAAGAGUCAGGAAUUGGCACUGAUGAUAAUUUGUUCCAAGAAGUCCCGAUAUGUAGCCCUAUUCCAGAUCAUAGCGAUGAAACAAGAGAACUAGAUUUAUCAGAAGAGUUUUAUGAAACGAACAACGCUAUUCAUGAUCAGAGUUUUCAGAAUUAUUUAGAAGGGGCCUUAGAAACGUCGAAUGAUGAUAAUUUUGAAAAUGCCUUCGCAUAUAUCAUAGCAAAUUUGGGGGAAAACGAUGAACCUGAAUCAACAAGCCAUAAAGAGUGUGAAGAAGAAAGUAAUGAACUGUCUGACUCUCAAUUUUUUGAAAAUUCAGUAGACGAUAUUAAUGAUUUAUUGACAAAAAGAUAA